UAUUUAUUAUUUAAAAGAAUUUUAGCAAUUUAUUAAUUAAAAAAACAAUGAAUUGAUUGCUAGAGUCUGUGCUGGAACCAUCAUUGCUUUUUUGUAUUUUUUUGCAACAAAACCAAUGCACAUUUCUUUUUUCCGGGUUUUCUAGUUGACUAGAUUGGCAGUUUUGCGAUUUGAAAACAUGUCAGGGGUUAGCUAACCUCAAAAAUGUGCAAUUUUAUUUAUUUUUAUUAUUCCUUUAUCGUAUUUUUUUACCUCAUAAGAGCAUCUCUAACCAGUGAACCCGUUGUUAGUGCCAAACUUUCGAAAGUAUGGGGGCCUGGGCUCAAACCUCACAUUUUCACAAUGCCAGCCAGAUAUUUCUUUAUUCAAGCAAAAAAUUCCAAAAAUGAGAGCAUUUCCUCGGACUUGGGGGUGAUUUUCGACAUACACCUAGACGGUGUGACCAAAACACAAAAGCCUUGUCGCAUUUGGGCCAACAAUCUCAAUAGAAAAGACGGUUCUUACAUUAUUAGAUAUAAAUUGUAUGAGCCGUGCUUUAAUUUAAAAAUUAAUAUACUUUAUAAUUUGGAACAUGUGGACAAGUCCCCUUAUGAAAUUCCAGAACCGAUUUAUCCAGACGAUUGUGAUUGUUCUGUUGGUAACAUUGCCCAAUUUCUGGAAAAAUGGGAAUGUGGUACCACCCCGCAGCAAAUUCUCACCGACCUGAAGCCCUUCCAAUCAAUUAAUUGGAAUAAAAUUAGAGAUAGAGUAAUUAAAAAGUUUGAUCAACCCCAUUCAGUCAGCUUGUGCCAUUACGUCAUAAAAAAUAAUAAUGUUUACCGCACUUGUUACGGUAAAUACGUGGGUUUUAAGAUGUUCAUGGACGCGAUUUUAUUGUCCUUAAGCAGGAAAGUCAACCUACCCGACUUGGAAUUUUUCGUUAACUUGGGAGACUGGCCCCUGGUUACUGAAAAAGUCGAAAAAUUUCCCAUUUUCUCUUGGUGUGGGAGUACCACAAGUCUGGACAUUGUUAUGCCCACGUACGAUAUUACUGAAUCAACACUGGAAAAUAUGGGCAGAGUAAUGCUAGACAUGCUUUCCGUCCAAGGAAAUGUGAAAGAAUCAUGGGAAAAUCGAACAGGGAAGGCUUUUUGGAGAGGGAGGGAUUCAAAUCAACACAGACUAGAUUUGAUCGAUAUUGGGAGAAAAUAUCCCGAUUUGUUCAAUGUUUCACUGACAAAUUUCUUCUUCUUUAGAGACAAACAAGACGUUUAUGGCCCCAAAUCCGAGCAUGUCUCGUUUUUCAGCUUCUUUGAUUAUAAAUAUCAACUGGCUUUGGACGGUACAGUCGCCGCUUACCGUUUCCCAUAUCUCUUAGGUGGGGGCUCCCUAGUCAUAAAACAAGAAUCUCAAUAUUACGAACACUUUUACAAUGACUUAAUCCCAAAUACUCAUUACAUUUUAAUGAAAAGAGACUUAUCAGACUUGGUUGAGAAGCUUCAAUGGUCCAUUAAGAACGACAAAGAAGCCCAGACCGUGGCCUCUAAUGGGCAAAAGUUCGCCAAUGAAAAUCUAUUACCACAACAUAUUUUUUGCUACCAUGCCCAUUUAUUACAUCAAUUUAGUCAAAAAAUUGACAGUCAAGUCAUGAUAUUAGACGAUAUGGAAAAAGUCGAACAAGUGAAACAACAAAAUUACUGUGACUGUAGAACAAUUGUAAAAGAUGAAUUAUUUGCACAACCGCCCCCCAACAUGGCGAUGCCACCCCCGGGCAUGGGGCAGCAAAACAUGAACAUGCCGCCACCUAACAUGGGCGGACCUGGAGGGUAUCAACACAACAAGCCCCCAUUUAGGCCCUUCAUGAACAUGCAAAGGCCCCUGCCUGGCCCUUUGGGCAACAUGACCCUCGAAGACUUUGAUGGAAAGCGACUAAGGAAGUCGGUAAUGAGGAAAACUGUAGACUAUAACUCUUCAAUUAUUAAAGAAUUACAAUCACGAGUAUGGCAGAGGGACUAUCGGGAUAGAAGAGCCCUGCAGCCUGACGUGAUGUAUUACCCUGAUAUGAUGCCCCCUCCGAGUUACCAAGAUAACCCCAUUAACUGUGUCACCACUAGGUUCGUUAAAACAGCAACAAAUAAGAUGAGGUGCCCCAUUUUUUGCAUGGCGUGGACCCCUGAAGGGAGGAGACUCGUCACCGGCGCCAGCUCGGGGGAGUUCACGCUCUGGAAUGGUCUCACCUUCAAUUUCGAAACGAUUUUACAAGCUCAUGACAGCCCCGUGCGAACGAUGGUCUGGAGCCACAACGAUAGUUGGAUGGUGACAGGCGACCACGCGGGUUACGUGAAAUAUUGGCAGUCAAAUAUGAACAAUGUGAAGAUGUUCCAGGCCCAUAAAGAAGCUCUUAGAGGCAUAAGCUUCAGCCCCUCGGAUACGAAGUUUGUAACUUGCUCAGACGACGGUACUCUGCGAAUUUGGGACUUUUUCCGGUACCAAGAGGAGCGCAUCCUGCGAGGUCACGGGGCUGACGUCAAGUGUGUGCACUGGCACCCCCAAAAGGGGCUUAUCGUGUCCGGUAGUAAAGACAAUCAGCAGCCGAUCAAGUUGUGGGACCCCAAAAGCGGCCAGUCUUUAGCCACCUUGCAUGCGCACAAGUCGACCGUCAUGGACUUGAAGUGGAAUGAGAACGGCAAUUGGCUAAUAACGGCGUCACGUGACCAUCUUUUAAAACUCUUCGAUUUGAGGAAUCUCAACCAAGAGGUGCAGACCUUCCGCGGGCACAAGAAGGAGGCUUCCAGCGUCGCCUGGCACCCCAUCCAUGAGGGGCUGUUCUCGAGCGGGGGGUCCGAUGGGUCCAUCAUGUUCUGGCACGUUGGAGCCGACAAGGAAGUGGGGGCUAUCGAACAAGCCCAUGAUAGUAUAGUCUGGACCCUGGCGUGGCACCCCCUGGGACAUAUCCUCUGUUCAGGAUCCAACGACCACACCAGCAAAUUCUGGACCAGGAACCGGCCAGGGGACCAAAUGAGGGAUAAAUACAACUUGAAUACUCUCCCCGCCGGUAUUGCAGGGCUUGAGGACUUGGAUAUGGGCGAAGAACCGUCAAUUAUUCCCGGAAUGGGCCCCGAUGAUAAGGUCGAGUUGACGUCGAUUUCUUCCGAUGGUAACACUGCUAUUCCUGGUCUCGAUCUGGACUUGUUGACUGUUAAUGAAGAAAAAACCAAAAUUAAAAAAGUGCCGUUUAGUAAACCAAUUCCUAGGAAUUUCCAAGCGCAAUGGAACGAAACUUACGAGGACGCAGCCGGGACGAUAAACGAAGUGAUUAGUCAAAUCGUCGAAAAUACGCCAGGAGUUGUCCCCUUGCAGAAAAUUGCCCCAAGUGCAAUUAUUAUCUACGGAAAACUUAUUCCAGUUGAACCGGGUUCGAAGCUGGAGCAGGCGAUAUCCGAGGGCCCCGAGGCUCUCCAGAAGUACAUCGACUCGGGUGAGAUCGAGGAGCUGCACGACGUGAUGCCAAUCGGCGACGACGAAGAUUACCUCAACGACUACGACAGCAACAACGACUCCCCCGGCGGUACAAACAUUCCCAGUCUCAUGCAAACCCCCCAAAUCGCGCCCCCAUCACUCGCCCAAGAUUCAGACAUGCGCAACGUGGACCAAGACAUGAGGGGGGCAUUUUCGUACGGCCGAGACAGCGACAUGCGAGAUCCCGACUAUCGAAAUGUCGUCAACCGCGAAUUGAACUUCCAGCCGCCCCCACGUGACUAUGACAUGGCCGACGAGGAUUUCCGCCAACCGUAUCGCAACGACCAGGACUUCCGCCACUACGAGGACGAGGAGGGCUAUGACGAGUACUAUGACGAGUCGAGGAACUGGCAACGCAGCAACGGGAAUUGGGGGAGGAACCAGAAUUUCGGUGGCAAUUUCAGGGGCUGGAGCGGCCAUGGCGAGUUCAGGGGCCGGGGGGGCAAACGCGGGGCUCGAGGACAGCGUAAUCCGAGGAGCAGGGCUCGGGGCGGCCGAGGGGGGGCUCCCAGGGGACAGUCGUCCUCCAGAGGGAGGAAUAAAUAUUACGUUGAUUGUGUUUUGCACAGUUUUUCACCUAUUUAUAAACCCCGCAAAAUGCCGCUUUUCAAUAAAGAAAACAUGAUAACCUUAAUCGGUGAAAACAACCGGAAAAACGUCCUCACGGACAACAGAAGCAACAUUUUCGAUAAAAGCAAAGGCGAUUCAGGCCCCUCGAAGAUCCAGGAUGGGUGCAACAUGGAGUUUGACCCCGAAUUGGAGCCUCUACUGCAGGAAAACCCCCGCCGGUUCGUCGUCUUCCCCAUCCAAUACCCCGACAUUUGGGCUAAAUACAAGCAAGCCGAGGCUUCCUUCUGGACAACCGAAGAAGUUGACUUGUCUCGCGACCUCGACGACUGGAAAUACCGUCUCAAUGACGACGAACGCUACUUCAUCUCUCACGUUCUUGCCUUCUUCGCCGCUUCGGACGGCAUCGUCAACGAGAACCUCGUCGAGAGGUUCAGCCAGGAGGUGCAGGUGACCGAAGCGCGCUGCUUCUACGGCUUCCAAAUCGCCAUCGAGAACAUCCACUCAGAGAUGUACAGCAUGCUGAUCGAGACGUACAUCUCCGAGUCCCAGGAGCGCGAGUUCCUCUUCAACGCCAUCGAGACGCUGCCCUGCGUCAAGAAGAAGGCCGAUUGGGCGCUGCUGUGGAUAAACAGCAAGAACGCCACGUUCGGGGAACGCAUCGUGGCCUUCGCCGCCGUCGAGGGGAUCUUCUUCUCGGGCAGCUUCGCGGCCAUCUUCUGGCUCAAGAAGCGGUGUCUCAUGCCAGGCUUGACCUUCUCCAACGAGCUCAUUUCGAGGGACGAGGGGCUGCAUUGCGAUUUUGCCUGUCUGAUGUUCUCGCAUCUGGUGCAGAAGCCCCCCAAGGAGCGCAUUGUGAGUAUCAUCCGAGACGCGGUGAAAAUCGAAAAGGAGUUCCUGACGGAGGCGCUACCAGUCAGCAUGAUUGGCAUGAAUUGCGAUCUUAUGUGUCAAUACAUCGAGUUUGUGGCCGACAGACUACUGGGGGAGCUCGGCUGUGAGAAAGUCUACAAUUCAAACAACCCGUUUGAUUUCAUGACGAUCAUUUCCAAUGAGGGCAAAACGAAUUUCUUUGAGAAGAAAGUGGGGGAGUACCAGAAAAGUGGAGUAUCGAGUGAGCAAACCGAAGAGUACGUUCUAAACGCAGAUUUUUAAUAAGAACAACACAAUUUGUGUAUUAAUUUAAAUUAUUUUUAUUGUAUAUCUCUAGUAUAAAUAUAAUUCAAAGUUUAUUAAAA